UGAAUAUUUGAUCCUGCUGACGAUCUUUGCCAACUGCAUCGCCCUCGCUGUUUACACGCCAUUUCCAUGCGGAGAUUCGAACGCCACCAAUGCGAUACUGGAAAAAAUCGAGUAUGUCUUUCUGGUCAUCUUCACCGUCGAAUGCGUGAUGAAGAUAAUCGCCUAUGGAUUCAUGAUGCACGCGGGCGCGUAUCUGCGCAACGGAUGGAACUUGCUCGAUUUCACGAUUGUCGUCAUCGGCAUGAUCAGUACGGUGCUCCAGCAUCUGAUCAAGGACAGCUUCGACGUGAAGGCGCUGCGGGCGUUCCGAGUACUCCGGCCGCUGCGUCUCGUCUCGGGCGUUCCGAGCUUACAGGUCGUUUUGAAUUCGAUUCUUCGUGCCAUGGUGCCUUUAUUACACAUUGCUCUGUUAGUGUUGUUCGUCAUCAUUAUUUACGCCAUCAUCGGGUUGGAAUUGUUCUCAGGAAAACUGCACACAACUUGUUAUCAUAACAUAACAAACGAAAUAAUGGAUGAUCCGCAUCCGUGCGGCGACAUGGGCUUCAAUUGUUCGGAGAUCGAUCCGAUGAUGGUGUGCAGGGACGGAUGGGACGGGCCCAACUUCGGCAUCACCAACUUUGACAACUUCGGGCUGUCGAUGCUCACCGUGUUCCAAUGCAUUACUCUAGAAGGCUGGACCGACGUGCUUUAUAACAUACAAGAUGCUUUAGGAAAGACCUGGCAAUGGUCGUACUUCGUAUCGAUGGUGAUAUUCGGCGCGUUCUUCGUGAUGAAUCUCAUUCUCGGUGUGCUUAGCGGAGAAUUCUCCAAGGAGAGAGAGAAGGCAAAGGCGCGCGGCGACUUUCAAAAGCUGCGCGAAAAGCAGCAGAUUGAAGAAGACCUGAGAGGAUACCUCGACUGGAUUACGCAGGCGGAGGAUAUUGAGCCAGAGCACGAGAAGCAGAAGAACAACGCUGAUGCGAAGGCGAAAGCCGCCAUCGACUCGACGGACGAGCUGGGCGAAGAGGCCGAGCUGGAGCAGGAGUCGUGGUACAGCAAGAAACGCAAAGACUUUGAUCGUGUCAAUCGGCGCAUGCGCAAAUCGUGUCGCAGGGCCGUCAAGUCCCAGGCGUUCUACUGGCUCAUCAUAGUGCUAGUUUUUCUUAAUACUGUUGUAUUAGCGACUGAACAUUACGACCAACCUUAUUGGCUAGAUGACUUUCAGGAAUAUACAAACAUGUUUUUUAUUGCACUUUUUACAAUGGAGAUGUUAUUAAAAAUGUACAGCUUAGGUUUUCAGGGAUAUUUUGUAUCAUUGUUUAAUCGUUUCGAUUGCUUCGUCGUGAUCGGCAGCAUCACAGAAACAGUGCUCACGCGUACGGAAGUAAUGCCACCGCUGGGCGUCUCCGUGUUGCGUUGCGUGCGCUUAUUGCGCGUCUUCAAAGUGACAAAGUAUUGGCAUUCGCUGUCGAAUCUGGUCGCCUCGCUGCUGAACUCGAUCCAAUCGAUCGCCUCCCUGCUGCUGCUGCUCUUCCUUUUCAUCGUCAUCUUCGCCCUGCUGGGCAUGCAAGUGUUCGGCGGGCGUUUUAACUUCAACGCCACGCAAAAUAAACCGCGCUCCAACUUCGACAGCUUCUGGCAGAGUCUCCUCACUGUAUUUCAGAUAUUGACCGGUGAGGAUUGGAACGUGGUCAUGUACGACGGUAUCCAAGCCUAUGGAGGUGUGGGAUCCUUUGGAAUCCUCGCCUGUAUAUACUUCAUUAUUCUCUUCAUCUGCGGUAACUAUAUUCUGCUAAACGUUUUCUUGGCUAUCGCUGUCGACAAUUUGGCCGACGCCGAAUCUCUAACAGCCAUAGAGAAAGAAGAAGAAGCUGCGGAAGCUGAGCAAGGAAAAUCUAAGAGUCCAACACCGACCAACGAUGAGGAGAUUGACAUGGAGGAGCAUUCCGUUGAAGAAGAAGAAAUUGAAGAUGGAGCGUACGAAUCAGAAAUGUCGGAGCAUGAGUUUGAAGAAGAAACCGAAUCGCAGACCAAGAUGAACCUCGACGAGAUGGAGGAGGAGAUGGACGACAAGGCGUACGACGAGCACAGCGUCAACGAAAAAGAUGGCGGCGAGCUGGACGAUGGGGACGUGAGCGCGCGUCCGCGUCGCAUGUCCGAGCUGAACAAGCCAAGCACAUCAAAAAUCGUGCCGAUUCCACCGGCCUCGUCGUUCUUCGUUUUUUCUCCCACGAACAGGUUUCGCAUCUUUUGCCACUGGCUGAGCAAUCACAGCAUAUUCAGCAACAUCAUCCUAGUGUGCAUCAUGAUUUCCUCCGCUCUGCUGGCGAUGGAGGAUCCGAUCGAUACCAAGUCCCAAAUGAACGUGGCGCUGGGUUAUUGCGAUUACUUCUUCACCUCAAUCUUCUCCACCGAGCUGCUGCUCAAGACCAUCACAUAUGGUGUGUUUCUACACGACGGAGCUUUCCUACGCUCGGCGUUCAACAUGCUGGAUUUAGUCGUUGUGUGCGUCUCACUGGUGUCCAUAUUUAAUCAAGGUGGCGCAAUGUCCGUAGUGAAGAUUCUUCGAGUGCUGCGUGUGCUACGUCCACUCAGAGCCAUCAAUCGAGCGAAAGGACUCAAGUACGUGGUGAAGUGCGUCAUUGUUGCGAUCAAGACGAUCGGCAACAUCAUGCUCGUCACCUACUUGCUGCAGUUCAUGUUUGCCGUGAUCGGAGUGCAGCUAUUCAAGGGUAAAUUUUCACAAUGUUCGGAUUCUUCUAAACUCACCGCUGGGGAGUGCAAUGGUACUUAUCUGAUCUACGAAGGAGGUGACAUCUCAAAACCUACAUCAAAAGAACGCGUGUGGGAAAACAACCGCUUCCACUUCGACAACGUCGCCAAGGCAAUGUUAACCCUCUUCACUGUAUCUACCUUUGAGGGUUGGCCCGGAUUGCUUUACGUUUCCAUCGACUCCAAUGAAGAAGACCGUGGUCCAAUUCACAACUUCCGGCCCAUUGUCGCCGCGUACUACAUCAUCUACAUCAUCAUCAUCGCCUUCUUCAUGGUGAACAUCUUCGUAGGUUUCGUUAUCGUCACCUUUCAGAAUGAGGGCGAGCAAGAGUACAAAAACUGCGAGCUGGAUAAAAACCAGCGUAAUUGUAUAGAGUUUGCGUUGAAAGCGAAACCCGUGCGGCGGUAUAUACCCAAACAUCGGAUACAGUACAAGGUGUGGUGGUUCGUCACGUCGUCACCGUUCGAGUACACCAUCUUUAUACUCAUUAUGAUAAACACCAUCACGCUGGCGAUGAAGUUCUACAAGCAGCCGGAGUUCUAUUCGGUGUCGCUGGACAUAUUGAACAUGAUUUUCACUGCCCUAUUCGCGCUGGAGUUUGUUUUCAAGCUGGCUGCUUUCCGGUUUAAGAAUUAUUUCGGAGAUGCGUGGAACGUGUUUGAUUUCGUGAUAGUCCUCGGCAGUUUCAUCGACAUUGUCUACUCGGAAGUCAAUCCUGGGUUACCAUCAAGUUUGAUUUCCAUCAACUUCUUCCGACUGUUUCGUGUGAUGCGUUUGGUGAAACUGCUCAGUAGAGGUGAAGGUAUCCGCACGUUGCUUUGGACUUUCAUUAAGUCCUUCCAAGCUCUACCCUACGUCGCCCUGUUGAUUGUCAUGCUGUUUUUCAUUUACGCUGUCAUCGGCAUGCAGAUGUUUGGUAAAAUUGAAAGUCAAAAUUCAACAUCAUCCAUAACACGAAACAACAAUUUCGCAUCGUUUCCCCAAGCAGUCCUGGUACUCUUCCGAUCAGCAACUGGUGAAGCCUGGCAGGACAUUAUGCUUGACUGCGCUGCAACCGAUCAAGUGGUGUGCGAUUACCGCAUUGAAAACCGUCACCUGCUGGACAGUUGCGGUUCGGAUAUCGCCUACCCAUACUUCAUCUCCUUCUACGUCCUCUGCUCCUUCCUCAUCAUCAAUCUCUUCGUGGCGGUUAUCAUGGAUAACUUUGAUUACCUCACCCGCGAUUGGUCCAUCCUCGGACCCCAUCAUCUAGAUGAAUUCAUCCGCUUGUGGAGUGAAUACGACCCGGACGCCAAGGGACGCAUUAAACAUCUUGAUGUCGUUACUCUGUUGAGAAAAAUUUCACCUCCUCUGGGUUUCGGCAAGCUGUGUCCGCAUCGUGUCGCUUGCAAGCGUUUAGUCUCCAUGAAUAUGCCACUGAAUAGCGAUGGCACCGUGUUGUUCAACGCGACGCUAUUCGCUGUAGUACGUACCUCGCUACGGAUCAAAACCGAAGGUAAUAUAGAUGACGCCAAUUCGGAGCUGCGAGCCGUGAUCAAAAAGAUCUGGAAGCGGACGAAUGGUAAACUCUUGGACCAAGUAGUACCACCACCAGGUGUGGAUGACGAAGUGACCGUGGGCAAGUUCUACGCCACGUUCCUCAUCCAAGAUUACUUCCGGCGUUUUAAGAAGCGCAAGGAGGAGUUAAAAGAGGGUGAUAAAGACGCCCACAAUACUGUCACCCUACAAGCAGGUCUGCGGACACUGCACGAAGCAGGGCCCGAACUCAAACGUGCCAUUUCCGGCAAUUUGGAUGAGUUGGCCGAUGAUAAUCCAGAACCAAUGCAUAGGAGAAACCAUUCAUUGUUUGGAAGUGUGUGGUCAUCGAUGCGCCGCGCGCACAGCUUCAACCGCGCCAAGUCGUUGAAGGUAAACUCGACGCAGAUCAAAAUCACGCCGGCGUCCAGUAUCGACGCAUUCCUACCCCACCACAACUCGUUACAACGCGCUGUCACCGAGGGUAUGAACCACAUCACUUCGAUGACGCGCAACGUCGUGCAGAAUCGCUUCUCGGCGAAUUCGCUGCACGACGGCGAGAUGUCGCGCGAGGACGAGGCCAUUCCGCUGAAGGCGCUCAGCAACAUGUACAACGGCGACCCCGACAAGGGUAACUUUCAAGUGAUCGACCUACAGGGGGACUACGCUGAGCUGAUGAUGCCGCCGACGCCACCGCCGCGCCGCGUGCAGCCACAAUCGUUGUCGCCGCCGCCGCCGCCGCCGUCGGCUGCCGGCCCCGCAGUGGCGACGACGCUCCCGCACGCACCCAGCUUUAGUCGCAUUGCAAGCGGCCUCAAGCUCGCACAGGCACAGGCGAUGGCCGUCGCCGGCUUCCUGCCGGAGCCGCCCUACGACUGGCGCGCCGCUCCCGUCGCACCGCUGCACACCUUCCUCGUGGACACCGCCGCGGGGGACGUACGGCACGCGCGCUGCUCCUAUCUUAAUCACAGGGCUUCCUUCCAUGGCAGAGUUUCAGGUGGCCACGAACCCAACGGACACGCGGGUCCUGAACGUCUAUCACAUUCGCUGCCCGGAAGUCCAGCGGACCGCCGCCCGCCGGCGUUCGAAGUUGUCGGCUCGGCGGAGAGCCUAGUCGGGCGCAUUCUCGUCGAGCAGGGCCUCGGCAAGUACUGCGACCCCGAAUUCGUGCGCUACACCUCCAAAGAGAUGCAGGAGGCGCUCGAUAUGACCCAGGAAGAAAUGGACCGCGCCGCGCAUCACAUCAUGCAACAAGAGCAGCGUCGAAUGCGCGCACCCCCGUACGACGGCACACAUCCGCCGUUAUAGCCCCCGGAGCCCGGCCACAGCCACACCAUCACGGUGUCCUGAACAUACACACACACAUACACAAACACAUGAACACAAAACAAACACACACACACACACACACAUACGAACCCAGCGUUUCUCUACUACCAAGUGCCUAAAAUUAAAGAUACGUUUCUUCUGGUCCAAAAGGAGACUUAAUAUUAUAAAGUAUAAUACGAUGUGUAGUUUUUUUAACCUGGUUUUUAUUUGACAAUUAUCUCUUAUUAUAUUUGAAUAAGUAAGCGAAGAGAAAUAAAAAUGAGGAAAUGGAUUGUUUCUCCAGAGAAAAAAAAAAUAGAUAAAAACACACACGAUACCGACCCGCAAAACCAAAGUAAGCGAAAAACACGCGCGUAUACCUACUGUAAUUACAUUUUUGUAAUAUCCAAAAACCAAACAGCAAACAGCAACAAAAAACAAUAUAUAAAUCGAAAAGAAAUAAAAAAAUAAAUCUUCUAUUUGACGAGAUGAUGAUGUUAUUGUGUAUUAAAAACGCUCUAGACGCAUUAUGCGUAUACAAAACAAGCAAAACAAACCAAACAAAACCGACAACAAGAGGCAUUGAGUAUCUUUAUCUUUAAAUUUAUCUGUAAAUUAAUUCAUUGUUAUCCUUAUUAUUAAAAAACGACGAAAAUGAUGAAAAAAAAAAAUGAAAUAAAAAUAAAGUUGUGGGCGAAGAAAGGACGCGAAUGGAAAAAUGAAUCAAAUAUACAUGCGAUACGUUUCAAUCAAAUCAAAUAAAAACGUUAUAUGUUUAAUUUUAAA